UCGAUGCGAUCCCUGAAGAUGGCGAAGUUCACGAUCGUCGCGAUCGUCCUCCUGGCGGGUACCGGCUCGUUGGCCCAGAGAAUAAUUAGGGAAGCACCGACCGCUAAAGAUGCGAACGUGGAGGCCAUCAGGGACAUUCUGCAGGAGGUUUCGGCCGGGGAAUCGAGCGCGAAGGACGACGCGAGGCUGAUCGAGAUCAUCAAGGAGGAGAUCGUGAAGACCGCGGAGGAGAUCAAAACGCCGGAAGGGUCGAUCGAGGCGGCCGCCAGGAAAGCGCAAUCGUUGGUCUCCGCGUUGACCGCGGCGUACACGAGCGCCAUCUAUAAGUCCAAAUCGCCCGAGGACGGUCGCGAGAACUUCGCACGCUUCCAGAACACUGUUCAGGCGAUCGUGGAAUUCAUCAAAAACGGCAAAUUCUUAACGUAGCCGUGGGCUACCGUAAUAUCUGCGACAAAAAAUAUACGUGCGGUUCUCCGAGAUCGAGCUAAGCGAAAUCCCGUCUCCUUCCGUUGUCCAUACUGAAAAUAUCCGGCGUUACUCGUGUUUACCGAUCGCCAACGACGCAGAUGUA